AACAGGGCCUUAGUGAGAUUGUGUGGGCUGCGGAGGGAGGAGGGGAGGAAGGAGGCGUGUAUCAAAAACACGCGCGCGGACGCACACACAGGGGAGGUUUCAGAGACAUUGUUGUGUAUCAAAAGACGAUGAUGAAGAAGUCUCUCUUCAUUCCUCACCUUCAAUCGUUCUCUCAAACUCAAUCCCUUCACCGUAACACCUUCAUCAAUCUCUUCUCUUCAACCACUUCCACUUCACUUGCCAUAACCGACGUAGAAACCAAACUAAGGUCACUCUGCGAAGAACCCACUUCUCAAUUCACCGAUGCGGUCUCUCUUUUCACCCAAUCCAUCAAUUCCAGUCUCAUCCCAUCUGGGUCUACCUGCAAUUUCCUAGUUACCCUCCUCACAAAGUCCAAACAGUACAAUUCAGCUCUCAAAGUCUAUGCCUUGAUGACCCGCGUUGAAGUUUCCUCCUCUUUUCUAACAUUGACUGCUGUGAUUGAGUGCUUUGUUCAUGCCUACAAGCCUGAAUUUGGUAUUGGAGUUUUAGGGCUGUUAAUUAAACGUGGGUUUAGUGCUAAUACAUACGUUGUUAAUGUUUUAUUGAAGGGUUUGUGUCGAAAAGGCGAGGUUUUUAAGGCAAUGGAGCUUUUUCGCGAAUUGGGUAGAAAUUGUUUGUCACCUGAUGUGGUUAGUUUUAACACUCUGAUAAAUGGGCUUUGCAAAGUGAAGAAAUUGGAAGAAGCUAUGGAUUUGAGGGGUGAAAUGGAGGGGGUGAAUUGUAUCCCCAGUUUGGUUACUUACAGUACUCUAAUGGAUGGUUUGUGUAAAGUGGGUAGAGUGAAUGAAGCAAUGGGAUUGUUGGAGGAGAUGAGAGUGAAGGGAAUUGAUGCAGAUGUUGUCGUCUAUGGUACAUUGAUUAGUGGGUUUUGCCACAAAGGGAAUGAUGAUGAUGAUGAUUAUGUUAUUAGAGGGAAAGAACUUUUUGAUGAGAUGUUGGGGAAAGGAAUUUCACCCAAUGUGAUCACAUAUACUUGUUUGAUUAAUGGGCUUUGUAAGAUAGGGCAAUGGAAAGAGGCAACACAAGUGUUCGAUGAAAUGACUGAAAGAGGGAUUCGUCCUGACGCGGUUACUUACACGGGUUUAAUUGAUGGGCUUUGUAAAGAUGGGAGGGCCACAAAGGCUGUGGAGUUGUUCAAUUUGAUGCUAGAAAAGGGUGAAGAGCCGAGUAUUAUGACCUACAAUGUUUUAAUUUGUGGACUAUGCAAGGCAGGGUUGGUAAUGGAUGGUUUUAGGAUUUUGGAAUUGAUGAUGGCAAAGGGCAAGAAACCUGAUGUGGUUAUUUACACCAAUUUAGCUAGCGGAUUUUAUGCAAAUGGGAAGGCUGAUAAGGUGAUGGUGUUUUUUGAUUUGAUGUUGCAGGACCAGAACAUUGUUGAACUGGAGGGUUGGAAGUUGAGUGUGCUAAUCCAAGGACUUUGCAAACAAGGCCGUCUCGAUGAAGCUUUAGAGAUUCAUCGUAAGAUGGUUGAGAGUAGGAGUAUCACAAAUAUGGUACCUUAUAACAUGCUGAUUGGGGCUUGUCUAAAGGCCGGAAAUGUUGAAAAGGCUAUGGGGCUUUGGAAACAGGUGCUCCAAUUGGGAUUGGUUCCGGAUUCAUUUACUUAUAGUGUUACAAUUAAUGGGUUCUGCAAAUUGCAUUUGGUUAAUAUUGCAAAAGGCUUUUUUAUUCAAAUGAGAGCUUAUGGGCAUAACCCUACCUUGUUUGAUUACAAUACAUUGAUGGCAACUCUAUGCAAGGACAGCAGUUUGGAGCAAGCGAAAAGGCUGUUUCACGAAAUGAAGAGCACAAACUGUGAACCUGAUGUUGCCUCAUUUAAUACAAUAAUUAAUGGAACUCUCAAAGCAGGGGAUAUUCAAUCUGCCAAACAAUUACUCAUGGAUAUGCAUCAAAGGGGUUUGGCCCCCGAUGCUCUGACCUUUUCCGUAUUAAUAAAUCGGUUUUGCAAACUAGGCCAGUUGGAGGAUGCGAAAAGUGUUUUUGAGAGAAUGAUUGCUUGCGGCUUUACUCCGGAUGCCUUUGUAUAUGAUUCUCUACUGAAGGGCUUUUGUUCGAGGGGAGAAAAAGAGGAAUUCAUUAACUUGCUUCGUAAAAUGGCUGCUAAGGGUGUUGUUCUUGACUCAGAAAUAACUUCGACUAUCUUGGAAUGUAUCUGUCAUAUCUCUGAAGAUCUCAAUAUAAUGGAGCUUUUACCAAGUUUUUCCCAACAACCUUCCGAAGGAUUAAGCAUUACAUGCAAUGAAUUACUGGAACGGUUGCAGAUGCCUUUGUCAUAUGCUGCUUGCUUAAAACAUAAUUAUCUGAUUACUGCAUGGCCUGUCUUCACAUAUGGGGAAGAAAGAGUACAGCAUAGCCCUUGUCAACCAAGUACAAUUGUAUGACCAGCAAACGAAGAAACUAUGGAUCCCAGUUAUAUACACUGGUGUGUAAACAAAUAUGGUACUCACCCGACAUGUGCUUCUUCAGAGAUAUGCUUAUGAUGAUGCUUGCAAGGAACAAGAUAGCAGAUGAAGCAAAACAGGUGUGGGAAGAUCUGAAGAGAAAAGUUCUUUAUGACCAGCAUACCUUUGGCGACAUUAUUAGGGCUUUCUUGGAUAGUGGCUUGCCCUCAAAGGCAAUGGACAUAUGCAAUGAAAUGAGACAAUCUGGGAGCUUUUCCCAGAAAUGGUUGUUUAUGACCCCAUUGAAUGCCGGUUUGACGAUCAAUAUUGGAAAAGGGAGAGUGAAGAGGAAUGGAGAAUGCUGCAAAUUUACUGUCAUUAGCUAACGCUGGAGUGUGGACUCUCCUGAAGGAAUGAGCCAUGACAAGGAGUCAACAGAUAGGUAGUUCAUGCGUUGUCUCAAUCUUUUUGAUUUGAUCGACACACUAUGAUUGACGAGGAGUUAUUUUGUUUUAAUAAUUUUGUAUUUAUUUGGAAAAUGUUUUUUGACUACUUUUCCAAUUUUGAUAAUUAUUUUGAUUGAUCGUUUCUUUUACAGGCUGUGUAGAGAGAAACUUGUUGGCUCAUUUUAUGCUCAUUGUCAUCCCCUGUUGUUAUAUAAUUGUUAUAUUGAUGCACAAUUGUAGCACCUUAGAAAUGAAAA